AUGAGGAUUUCUCUGACGUCACUGAAGCUAAGCGAACCUCUGACGUCACUGAAAUUGAGUGAAUAUCUGACGUCACUUGUGCUUGUGCUGUGUAUAAUGACGUGGAUGCUGUCUUUGUGUUCUGCUCGCGGCCUUAUUUGUAUGAAGUGUCAAAAUAUCACGAAUAGUGGUAACUGUAGCAACACCACCAUGUGUAACGACGGCGAGGAUUGUUACGCACGAGAAAUAGUAAGAAAUGAUGGGUCAACAAUUUUAGAAGCGGAUUGUCUCUCCCAUCAGGUUUGCACAGUCCUCCACAGUCCAAUCGUAACCGUGGGUAGACGUGACGAGACAAAGGCGGGUAAAAAACACGGACGUGUCGUCACGAACUGUAACAAAUGCUGCACAAAAGACCUGUGUAAUGAACACAUUUGUGACGUAGCUGUACCUACAGGUCCGAUUUCAACGUCGCCAGCGAACUCUAUCGUAACUACGCCAACGUCCAGUACACUAAGAAGUUGUUACACUUGCUCUGACGUCACGAAAUUUACCGACUGCACGGUGAUCUCGACAUGCGCAGCAGGGCAGCAAUGUUACACCACACGUGCUACUCUAGGAGGAAACACACACUACUCCAUGGGAUGUGAAGACAAUCAGAUUUGUCCGCUUUAUACCAGUGGUAGUCAAUCGCCUUUCUGCAAACAAUGCUGUGACUCUGACCAUUGCAACAUCGGCCUUUGUGGGUUACAUGUAUUACCAGAACUUGUAAUUAAACCGUUUAAUCGAACAUUGGAAGUGGAGGACGUCACCAAGCUUCGAUGUGAAGCAGACAAUUUAUCCAAUGCCACGCUCACAUGGACGUUUGAAUCGCCUACUGGUUCCACGGUUUUACCAAAGCCGCUGACAUUCGGGCCGAGAAACACAACAGCAUUCUUUCAGAUAACAAAUAACCACUUCGGCGAAUGGACGUGCACAGCGACUAAUAUCUUUGGUAGUGCCUCUGCGUCUGCUUUCAUCUCACAUUGUUAG